CUCCACGUCUAUUUCUUUUGCUUGUUGGGCUGGCUUCCCAAGAUCUUGAGCUAACCAAGUUUUCUGUAGCUGUCCUUGAGUAUCAGAACUGCUCUUCCGCACGGGUUGUCGGUCCCUUUAAGAGUUUUGGGGGCGUGUAGCCAGCAUGCCUCAGUCCUUCUCUUACUCUUCCCCAGCAUUAAAGGGGAAUCGCAAUCUCCCAGCCGCAGAGCGAAGUUAAAGCAGAAGGUAGACUGGGAGAGUUUAGCGGCCACCUGACCCGGUCUAGUUGGACUGUGUUAGGCUGGGUGGUCCCGAGGGGUCCGGAUAGGGAUCAGAAGGAGCCCUUCCCCCUCCGCCUUUGCGUUGCCACCUCUCCUUCAAGCUGGGACCCCCUGACCACGUCCUGCCUCCCCGGAGAGCCGCGGCGAGCGCAGAAUGUACACGAUCACCAAGGGACCCAGCAAGUUAGCCACGCAGCGGAGGACAGGUCCCACGCAGCAAUUGGAAAGCAAGCUGGGAGAGCACCUGAAAUGCCGGCGAUCAGCACAGCAGCCGCAGCAGCCACCCGGCCCCUGGCCUCUGUCAAGCCUGGCCCCAAAGCUUGUGUUCAACAGAGUGAAUGGGAGGAGGCCACUGGCCACAACACAGUCAAUCAUGGCCACAGAGGAGAGCUAUACGCUUGCCCACGAGGAGAAUGUCCGAUUUGUGUACGAAGCCUGGCAGCAGGUGGAGCAGCAGUUGGUGGGGAGCCAGGCAGGUGAGAGUGGGCCCAGGCCCGUGCAGUAUGUGGAGAAGACACCUAACCCUGGGUUGCAAAACUUUGUACCCAUUGACUUGGAUGAAUGGUGGGCCCAGCAGUUCCUUGCUGGGAUUAACAAUUGCUCCUAAAAAGCUGCAUUGGGAGGAGAGUUGCCUAUAGUCCAGGGGCCAUUGACCUGUUGACCCAGAGCAGGCAACACCAACAGAAGAGGACCACUGCCUCCCAAGCCAACCCCCUUGCCUGGGGGAUGGGGCAGGCACCUGCCAUCCCAGAAGUGCCAGCAUUUGGACAUUUGGAACUGCUGCAGCCUCUGGCCAGGCUAUCUGGGUGCUACAUGUAGUGUGAGGGGGAGCAGAGGCCUGCUUGGCCCCUCCCACCUUGACUUUGCUCCUGCCAGUUGAGCCCCAUAGGAAGCCCAUGUGGAGCUGGGGUACAGAUCUCCAAGCCAAUAAAGAAUUUAAACCUG